AUGUCGAUGAUUGAUCGCUCCCAAACAGCUGAUGAUGACAACAUGAAACUUUCGUUUCUCUCAGCCGAGGAGCUCGAGCAAUUCGGCAAUGAUCCCAUGAUGAUCAAAAAAAAGGCUCAGGAAUAUAUUUCUAAAAUUGAAGAGGAGCUCUUGGAGUGCAGGGAGGAAUUGAAAACAGUGCAUCUAUCAAAUGAAUCUUUGUUGAACAAACUCGAGCAACAACAAAAUUCAAAGCUUGAGGAAUAUGAAUUACUCAAGGAGCGAAUAGAGCACUACAAAACCGAAGCUAAAAAUUAUCAAGACCAGAUUGAACACCUCACAAAGCAAGUCAAAGAUAGCGAAAGGCGAUGGCAUGAACAAAGAAAUGAAUUGGAACAAAUUAGCAGUGUGAACGAGGAACUCAAGGCUGAGAAAUUCCGAUUACUAUCUUCUGUCGAGAAAAAGACAAAGGAGAUUGAAGAUUUAAAUUCCCACAUCGAGUCACUCAAUCAAAAAAUUAAUGAACAAUAUAAGAUUAAACAUGAGCAAGAAGAAAAGAUUCAAGAAAUAUCUACAUCAGUACUACCUUUAAAGUAUUCUAUUGAAAAACUUCAACAAGAAAAAGAAUCAUUAGAAAAACAAAAUGCUUGGUUAAAUUCGGAACUUUCAUCAAAGCAAGAGCAAAUAACAAAGUUAAAAUCAGAGUACAUGUUGAAGCUGAACGAGCUAGAAAUACAAACCAAAACAAAGGAAGAUGUUAUCACCAAUCUAAAUGAAAAGAUAUCUCGCUUGGAGCAAUCAAAUAAGGAGUACAAUCACAAACUUCAACAAAAGAUUGAAGAAAUUCGUGAUCUCAAAAACUCUCACCUUCAAGAGUUGGAUGGGCUUAAUGAGGAGUUGACCAAUGAAAGAAGACUCUCUGAUUUAUAUAAAAAUAGGCAUGACGAUCUAGAAGAUCGAAUUAAAGACCUGGAGAAAAGCUUGUCGAAUGUAAAAGAGGCAAAACAACGACAAGAAAGCUCUUUUGAAGUGGAAAGAGAGUCUAUGAACGAACAAUUACGGCAAAGUAAGGAGAAAAUAGAAUCUCUUGAAGUAGAAAUUAGAAAAUAUCAGAAAGAUUUGGAGGAAAACAUUCAACUUCGUGCCUCUACGUUUGUCACUCAGGGAAUUAGUCCUAGCGACAUUUACACUAAAUUUGUGAAGGUCAGUGACGAACUUCUCAAAUCUAAGAAUGAAAAUAAGCGUUUGAAUGAGGUACUGUCCGGAAUUUUGAAAGACUUGGAGGAAAAAGCUCCAAUAAUGCAAGCACAAAGAGAAGAGUAUGAGCAACUGCGAUCGUCUUAUACGAUGUUGACAAAACAAAAGCAAGAUCUUAUCCAACAGACCGAAGCCGUCAAGGAUGAGCUGAUAAAUUUAAGAGCUGAAGCUGAGAAGUUGCGCAGAUCUUUGAAGACCGCAGAACAAGUGAAUCAAGAUCUUUCUCUUCAAGUUAGAACAUUAUUGAAGGAAGGUUACACCAAUUCUGAGUCUUCUUCCCGCCUUGAUGCCAAUGCUGUUAUAACCGAACGAUUAGUUCCAUUUGCUGAUAUUGACGAAUUGCAAAAGAGAAAUGUUGAGUUGUUGACAACAAUACGAGAAUUGGCAAGUCAAAAAGAGGAAGAAGCCAGACAUACUCAGGAAAUUAUGGCCACUGAAUUCCAAGAGAAAAUUCAAGUAGCACUAAAACAGGUGGAGGAUCUAAGAAGAGAGAGCCAAAGACAAAUGGAAAAAAUUCAAUCGCUAAUCAAGCAACGAGAUAUGUACAAAUCCUUACUCGACGAAAAGAGUACCCAAAACUCUACCAGUUUCAACGUAUCAAAUCCUCAGCAAAAAGAUAGCCAAGAUUCUAAGACUGUAGAGCAUCUCAAACUCAAGGAGGUACGAGAGCUUCAACAAGAGAUUCUAAAAGACAAGAAGUUACUUCAAGAUGAAAUUGCUGCAAAGAAUGAAAAAAUUACCAAACUUCACUCAAGUAUUGCCCGACUGACAUCAGAGGUAGAAUUCUUGAAAGAUAGCUCGCAGAAUAUGACAUUAGAGCGUGAUUCAACUAUGAGAGAAUUGAAUCGUAUUCGUUCUAUUAAUGACUCUUUGACAAAGACAAUUGAUGCCCUACAAACCAGUAUGGAUAGACAAAGAAUUAAUUAUGAAAGCAAGGACGAACAACUCAAACGUUUGGAGAAGGAAUUAAUCCAAACCAAAUCUGAAAAGCUAUACCAUGAACAGCGUUCUGAAAGGCUCAUCCUUGAGAUUGAUAAUCUGAAAUUACAUUUAUCACGUAAUGAAGAAUUUUACUCAAGCCUGCAAAAGAUACAAAUUGGACUUGAACAAAAAGACGAAAAUGAUAAGAAACGAGCUUUACAAGAAAUUGAAACCUGCAGAAUUGAGAUUUCUCAAUUAAGACAAUCACUUGAAGAUGAAAGACUACUUUCAAAAGAGCUCAGACUUCAAAUAGACCUGAAGGAACAAGAGCACAGAGAAAAGCUAGACGUUAAGACUGUGGAGUGCCAAAAAUUUAGAGAUGAAGUCACAAGGCUCAAGACAAAUUACGAGUUUGAACUUGACAAGACCUCUUCCCUUCAGCAAAAGUUAAACGCUGCUGAAGAACGCUUGAACAAAUUAAUAGAAAAGCAAAUGAUUGGAAUAAGCACAUCUGAGUCGACACCUACCAACAUUAACGAACUACAAGUGCAGUUCUCCAAAGUACAAAACGAAAAUGUCUACUUGAAAGAGUCUCUCGAAAAUGAAAAAGCAAAAUUGGAAACCAUGAAAGAACUUGCUGAAACUAAUGACAGGGCUUUAAAGGAUAUGACAGACGCAUUUGACAAGCUCAAACACUCUUCCGAAUCUAAGAUAUCUUCUCUUAAUCAACAAAUAGUAGCUCUCAAUGAAAAAAUUUAUGAGUAUGAGCAGGAAUUAAAACAAAGGAGAGAUGAAGUUGACAAUAUCAAGCAACAACUGGAUGAUAUGACAGAGCAAACCAAGAAAGAGAAACAAAUGGUUGAGACAGUUGACUCUGAAAAUAAGUUAAAUGCCGAGACAUACGAAAAACGAAUUGAAAUUUUGAAAGAAGACCUUAGGAGGCAUACUCAAUUUUGGAAGGACGCGCAGGAUAAGUAUGAACAAGAGCUUAUUCGUCAUGCAGCUACUAUUGAAGCAUUUAAAGAAAACAAAGAAGAGCUGAAUAAGGCGUAUGUUGCCAUAGAGGAAUCAAAAUCUACAGUUAAAACGCUAGAAUUGGAAUUGGAACGAAAAACUGCUAGCUUAUCUAAACACAAUGAAGAUCUUAUGAAGCAAACCGAGGAAUAUGAAAAGCGAGUUAAAGAUUUGGAACGUCAGCUCGAGUUAUCAUUCUCACGAGUAGAGAUAUUGAACAUUCAACUAAAGAAGAUACAAACAUCUACAGAUAUUGUACUGGGAUCAAGUAGUAACGAUCAAACCAAGGAAAUAUUGGAGCUUCAAGAAACCAUCACUUUCAUUCGAAGAGAAAAAGAAAUGUUAAAAUCAAAGCUUGCCAUUGCUGAGCAAGAGCUAAAGAACACUAAACAAAAGCUUGAGCAUGCAUUCAAAGAGCUUGCUCAAAUUCAAACAGAACUAAAGACGGAGAUUGAGAAAAAUCAACAACAGUCAAAAGAUCAAGACCGUACUGGCCAUAUCAUAGCAGAUUUGCAAGAGCAAGUACAAGUUUUCAAGGAAAGCAACAUGGCAUUGAGGCAACAAAAUGAACAGCUUACCCGCAUGCUGGAUCAAACUAGAGAAGAACUCAAAGAAGCCAGAAAGCAGUUGGCACCAUUAAGCCAACAUGUCAACGAACUGAAAAAAGAGAAAGAAAUACGUGAAGAAGAAAUUAAGUCUUUGCAAGAGGAUGUUAUCAAAUAUCAGAACAAGGCACAACACUUGGUAGAAAAGUUUAAACAAAUAGAUCCAGAUGUUCAUGAAAAGCUAAAACAAGAAAGUUCUAGACUAGAAAAAGAAUUACUGGAAAAGGUUGAAACUAUUGAGCAUCUUACUAAUCAACUCUCAUCUGCCAAAGAAGAAAUCUCAAAGCAAGUCACCUCUGUUAAGGAACACAAUCAGAAAUCACAAGACUGA